UACAAGCUGUUCAAUUUUGGAGAAUGUAUCAGUUAGUGAAAGUAAGACAUUUCACGUGAAAAGUUAUCAAGAUGAAUAUGGUGUUACUGUGGAUAGCUUAGUAUUUCAUAAUUUCCCACCCGGAUCAGUGGUUAUUGUAUCAGUUAAACUAGAUGAUAAUCAACAACAAGCUAUUGCCGAUUUGCAUAAUUUCAUGUCACAACAGUUCGAUUGUCGUUUAUACGAGCCGCGAACAAGUCAAGCAAUGGGUAAAGGAGAAAAUGCUUACAUCCCCUUGUGCUUACCAUCUGGGGAGUGUUUAAUAAAGCCGAAUUCAGUCAGAGUUCUGUUGGGAAAUCUUAAUUUAUUAGAGCUGAAUAACUGCUUUUCAGAUGUUCUGCUGAAGAGUUGGCUGAUGGAUGUAAUUUUAGUAAUUAUUUGAUACCUGAUUGGGGUAUUUUGGUCUACUGUGGACUUCAGAGUAUUUCAAAUAUUCUUCAAGGAAUUCGUGAUCGAAAUGAUUUAGGCCAUCCAGUUUGUUCUCAUCUUCGUCAUGGUGACUGGUUAGCUCACUAUUUAACUGAUCGUCUUGCAAAACUACCGCAUAAUUCAGAUGAACUUAUAACUGAUGCAGUCGUUCAAAUGAGUAAUUUGUUAAGAAUUAUGUAUAAACCAUUGUCAAAUAUUCCAAGAUACUUGGUUCCUGCAUAUUUUGAAGUGUUAACUAGCACAUUCACUGAAUUUGUUAAUCUUGAAAUUACUUUACGAAUGGCACCUUGGAUAAGAAGUAGUUCUUCGUUGGCUAAAAGAUUAGCAGUUGCGACCACUCAGUUCUAUGGUUAUAUUGGAAACAGUCGACUCCCUGGGCAAAUAUUAUCUAAUACAGAACAGAAAGAUCUGCAACCUAAAGCAAUGUAUUGCAGUCUGGCUGCUGGUUUGCCUCAUUUUGCUGAGGGAUGUGGCGUUCGUGGGUAGAGACACCUUUAUUGCUUUGAGAGGAUGUCUUCUCUUGACUGGACGUUUUGAAGAUGCUGCUAAUAUAAUCCUCAGUUAUGCCAGUUUAUUAAGACAUGGAUUAAUACCUAAUCUUAUCGGAGAUGGCUACACUGUUAAGCCAAGGUAUAAUUGUCGUGAUGCAAUUUGGUAUUGGUUAUAUUCUAUUGUGGCUUACCACCAAAUUGUUUCUAACAGAGUAGAAGGUCGUAUAGAAGGCGAUACUGACAAAUUUGACAGUAUCUUAAAUCGUCCAGUCUACAGAUGGUUUCCAAAUGAUGAUGCAGUUGGCUGGCCCGAUGAAUAUAUGUCGGAUUCAACAUCUAGUCAUUCUGUUCAACCCUUACAUGAAGUAAUGCAAGAAGCUUUGCAACGUCAUAUUGCAGGUAUUGAGUUUAUUGAGAGAAAUGCUGGACCAAAUUUAGAUGAAUAUAUGAAACCGGAAGGAUUUAAGGUUCAAGCCAGUAUUGAUCUGAAAACUGGAUUUCCUCGCGGUGGUAACGCUUUUAAUUGUGGCACAUGGAUGGACAAGAUGGGUAGUUCGCUAAAAGCUGGUAAUCAAGGUAUACCAGCCACACCUCGUGAUGGUUCUGCAGUUGAGUUGGUAGGACUAGCGUACGCAGUCGUAUCUUGGUUGGAAAAGUCACAUAGCCAAGAAAAAACUCACUACAGUCACUAUCCAUAUGCAGGUGCUAAAUUACAAUCUGGGAAGGAACUUUCAUGGAAAGAAUGGACUAGCUUGCUGAAAAACUCCUUUGAAGCUCAUUUUUGGAUCCCACAAAACACAGAAGAUCCUUCAUUAGCUUAUAACAGAGGAAUUUAUAGAGACUCGGUUGAUUCAUCAGGAGGAUACACGGAUAAUCAGCUACGUCCCAACUUUUUGGUGACCAUGGUGGUUGCUUCUGAAUUAUUUACACCUGAACGUGCGUGGAAUGCUCUGGAACUAGCUCAAAAAAAAUUAGCAGGUCCAUUGGGUAUGUGUACUUUGAGCCGAGAUGAUUUAGCUUAUCGCGGAUACUAUGAUAACUCAAAUGACAGUUCUGAUUAUUCUCUGGCGCGAGGAUUUAAUUACCAUCAAGGUCCAGAAUGGAUAUGGCCGAUGGGAUACUACUUACGAGCUCGUCUCAAGUUCGCUCACUUGCUCAGUCAACUUGAUCCUAAUAAAUGGAGUCAUCUCAUUGCAGACACACAAACAGAAUGUCAGAAGACACUUAGUAGACUUAAUGAGAGACUGCUGUCAAAUCAAUGGUGCUCCCUUCCCGAACUAACCAACGCAAAUGGUCAGCCUUCACAAAUUCCUAUGACACCACAUGCAAAUUUCCAACAACUGCACAUCCAAGCUACAUAA